UCUUUCCUUCACAAUUACAAAUAUCCUCUGCGAACUCCAGGCUUCAAGCUCUCCCUAGCGGCUUCAAGAUUUCGUUCACCAUAACGAUCGGUCGUAGAAAGGAUGGGUCACUCUAAUGUCUGGAACUCUCACCCCAAGAACUACGGCCCUGGUUCUCGCACUUGCCGUGUGUGUGGAAAUCCCCACGGUAUUAUCAGGAAGUACGGGCUUAUGUGCUGCAGACAGUGCUUCCGUAGCAAUGCCAAGGAAAUUGGAUUCAUCAAGUACCGCUGAAGAAGAUGGUGUCAUCCACAGAAGCAGAUGGGUCUGGAACAAGUAUGAUCUUGUUAGAAUUUUUAUGUUUGAAUUGAACUCUUAAGACAAUGUUUUGCUUAGUUGAUGUAUUACUGAAAUUGGAUUGAUGUUGCAAAUGGAAUGUUUUCGAAUUACUUGAUAACAUUUUGGAAUUGUCUUCUGGGUUAUA